AUGGCCACCCCAACCAUAGGAGGGCCCUUGAAUGUCAAGGGCAGUGAGGCUCCCGCGACCAUCUCAAACGCUGCUCACACCUAUCUCUCUGCCGGGAAACAACUCGAGCUAAAAGUUAGCUUUGAAGAAUAUUUGCACUAUGCGUCCAUCACACGCGCCGAGGAAAGAGUUGCGGACGAAGCAUACAGAAGCACUCGAGGCCCAUCAACAAUAAGGUCACUCUUUUUGGACCGUUUUCAGACGUCAUCCAAGGGCCAUAACACCGCGAACAAAGUCAAUCGACAGGGCACAGGGGCGAGUCAGGAGAUGGACGAGAAGAACAUUCAAGCAGCAUCUCCCAACACAGGAUCACCUCCCUCCCCUGUGGACAAUCCAGAGUUGCACACCGCCAAUAGGGCGCUUCGCACCGCUGGAUGGGGCAGCGUCUUCUACCUUAUCACCACGGACAUCUUGGGUCCAUCGAACACUCCAUGGGCCUUUGCUCAGACGGGCUACGGUGCCGGUUUCGCGCUAUAUUUUGCCUUUGGGCUUCUCUCCGCAUACUCGGGCUGGAUCCUGUGGAAGAUGUUCCUUGGCCUCGACUCGGACCGCUACCCGAUCCGCAACUACGCCGAUCUCUUCUUUCGGUGUUUCGGGCCAUGGUCGGGCUACUUCGUCCACGUCGCCCAGGCGGUCCAGCUCCUCGUCAUCAUCGCGUUCCUUAUUCUUCUCAAUGGCCAGGCUAUUUCCCAGAUCUCGCAGGUCAACGGCACCGGCCCGGGCCUCUGCUUCAUCGUGUGCGUGCUCGUCUUCGCCCUCGCGGGCAUGGUCGUCGGGCAGAUCCGCACGAUGCAGCGCUUCUCCUGGCUGGCCAACUUCUCGGUCUGGAUCAACCUGCUGAGCAUGUUCAUUGUCAUGGGCCUCGUGGCGCACUACCCGCCCAACUUCGCCGCCCUGUCUGCCUCCUUCGGCCCGGACUUUGGCGUCCCCGGCCCGAUCCGCACGUUCGCCGGCUCGCCGCCCAUGGGCCUCGCCACCGGCGGCUCGGGGUUCGUCGCCUCUGUCAACGGGGCCAUGCAGGCCGUGUUUGCCUAUGGUGGUGCCAUGCUCUUCCCUGCCUUCAUGGCAGAGAUGCGGCACCCGAUGGACUUCUGGAAGGGGAUGAUCUGCGCGCAGGCAUUCCUGACCUCUGUGUAUCUGUUCUUCGGUAUGGUGGUAUACCACUUCCAAGGCCAGUUCACGUUCAUCCCCAUCGCACAGGGAAUCUCGGUCUAUGGUUGGCAAACAUGUCUGAACGUCCUGGGAAUGGUGGCUGGUCUGAUUGCCACUGGGCUUUACUCCAACGUCGGGCUGAAGAUUGCGUACGCGGAAGUGCUGGAGCCGCUGAACUUUCCGCCAUUGACAUCGGCGAUGGGCAAGAUCUGGUGGGCAUGCCUGAUUCCAAUCUAUUGGAGCAUCGGCUUUGUCCUGGCUGCGGCUAUCCCACAGCUUGCGUCUAUCUCGGGCCUGGUGGGUGCAUUGUUUGGGCUGGGUUUCACGUACAUCCUGCCUGCAUGGGGCGCCCUGGGUUACUUCAUCCGUGAGGAUGCCGUCGUCAGGGACUCCGAGGUCUUCGACGAGGCGUCUCGGACGUACAACCGCAUUGACCAGGGGUGGAGGCGGCUCGCGCGUGGGUUCAUGAAGCGGCCGUUCUUUCACGCAUGGAACCUCAUUUAUCUUCUUGGCACGCUCGCCGCAUGCGGCUUGGGAUGCUACUCGUCCAUCCUCCAGCUUAUGAGUGCUUUCGAGUCAGGGGUUGCCACAAGUUUCAGUUGCUCAAGUCCUGUGUGA